GGCAGUCAUUAGGGGAUAGUCUAUGGAGGAUAGUUUACGCCGUUGAAGUUGUUCACCAAUAUAAUUUAUAAUUUAUAAUUAUGUCCGAAGACAGGGAAAAUUCAAUCGAAGAAAAAUCAUAUGCGGGCAUACCACAAGCUGAAUUUGUAGACGAUGUGGACGCAUAUAUGGCAAAACCUGAAUUUGCUGGAGUUGUGGACAAGGCUCUCAAAAAGUUAGAUGAACAACAUUGUAAAUAUAAGUUUAUGGAAUUCAAUCUUUUAUCAAAAAGGAAAAGAUUACGUUCACAAAUUCCUGACUUAAAAAGGUCUCUUAGUAUGAUCGAAAGGUUAAGAAUAGAGAAAGACGAAUUUGAAACAGAGUUCUUACUAAGUGAACAAGUUUUUGCCAAGGCUGUAGUUCCACCUACCAAUACUGUGUGUCUUUGGCUGGGUGCUAAUGUAAUGUUAGAAUAUUCACUAGAUGAUGCUGAGAAACUUUUGACAGAUAAUAUUGCAGCUGCAACAAAAAAUUUGAAACAGGUUGAAUAUGACUUGGAUUUUCUUCGUGAUCAAUUUACAACAACUGAAGUUAAUAUGGCAAGAGUGUUCAAUUGGGACGUUAAAAGGCGCCAAGCAGCUAAAGACAAGGGUGAAAAAUAAGAAUAAACAGUGUAUAUGGGUUUUUUUGAUUUAAUGUUUUGUAAAAGUGUGCUGUAUAGAUUUCCAAUAACUUCUAUGCAUUUGUCUUAACAAUGUUUACCACUAAUAAUCAGUUAAAUUUAAGGUUUAUUAAUGGUGAAGGUGCUUUGCUAAAUUAUUAAUGCGUUUACUCAUCAAUCACAAUUUUUGCUCAUCAAAAUUUCAUCUAUUAAAUAAACAUAAAUGCUCCAAAACACAACCAAAGGUUUAUUUCACACUUUAUUAUAAACAUAUUGUAAUCCAUUACUUCAAAAAUUGCAGAUUGUUCCACUUUUAUCAAGAAUAAAGAAAAACAGAAAUAAAUGACUAUUCUAUGAAAAAAUAAACUUCACUAUGAACAAAUACAAACAUUUAAUGAAAGCAAAAAGAAAACAUAAGUAAAAUUGCCUUACAACAGAUUAACCUCUUAUUAAGGAACUUCAUGUGUCACUUGGACAAAAUUAACUUUUAACUCUGCCAAUAUAAGUAACUUAAGUUA